AACGGUUUUGUUAUGACGUCAUUUUGAUCUUUCAUUUCGCAUUUUGUGUUUUGUACGUUAAUAUAAUUGUGUAGAUUGUGUCGUUGGAGCAUAAAUAAAAGCCUAAAAGCAGUUAUUUUAAACGAAUUUUCUCAAGCAUCCGGGUUCUAGGCCUGCUUCUACUUUUGCUGGUUUAGACUUGUUAAGGUUGAGUAAUGGUGUACAAUUAUUUAUGAAGAUUCUUGCAUAAGAAAUAUUCUCCUAAGUAAGGUACACUCAAGAUGGAAAAACAUAGCAAAGGGAGGAGCUGGCCUAUGCCGGAUGCUGGUAUUAAAAAAAUCAUCUACAAACUUGAAGAAGCCCUAAAUAACGAGAGUCAGUUUAUUUGCAAUUAUGCUGAAAGGAAGCCUUGGGAAGUUACAAUGUCUGCUAGGGAUGGUGCUGCACACGUUUUGAGGUUUCUCAAAGUUUGGUUUGAUGCCCCACAAAGUGUCUUUUUCUCUGCUGUCUACUACCUUGACAACUUCUUAGCGCGCAUGAAGGUUCAGGAGAAAUUUCUUCCGUGCUUGUCUGUGAGUUGCUUCAACUUGGCGGCUCAGACUCACGGCUUUGAGAUCAAUACUAGUCACUUAGUGCUCCUGUCUCAAAGCAAAUGUUCUGUCAAAGAUAUGGAACGUAUGAGUGCAAUAAUUACCGAAAAACUGAAUUUGGUAAACGUAACCAACAACUGCAAUCAUUUAGACCAAUUGAAAGUCUUCAUGGAUAUUUUCAAAUACAUUGCUGUGCAAUUUAAGAUUGAGGGUUUGCUUAACAGGAUGUUGCAGUGGCAACAACUUUGUACAAGACUUGAAAUACUGCUUUGUGAUUCAUCUUGUGCACCUUAUAAACCAUCUAUCCUUGCGUUAGCAUUCAUCCACUUUGAGAUGGACCGCUUUUUGUCCAAGGAAAAUCCCAAAAAAUCCAAUUAUUAUUCAACGGAAAUGUUCUAUAUUUUGGCAGUUAUGAUUGAACUUCAGACGUUAUGCAAUAUUAACUCAAGCGAUUAUAAGAACUGUUUUGAAAACGUCACCAGUGUUUUGAAAGAGUACGAUAGGAGGAAGAAGACAACUCACUGUCAGAAAUUGACUUGGCGAUUUUCAAUCUCCACACUUGCCUUGUCUAAAUUUAGUCAGAAUUACUAUUCUGUGCUCAAUACUAUCAAAGAAGAGUGAAGCAAUUUAUAUACAAAAAAAAUUAAAAAUAUUAAAAAAAAAUAAGAGAAUUGGUUUUGUCUACACCCCAGUAAUUUAUUAAUGUCAUUUGUAACUGUUGCUUUUUAUUUAAAUGUAAUUCCAUGUUUAGGAUUUGUAAAAACCAAUUCUUUUUGAUAGUAAAUUUUUAAUCAUCACUUUUUUAUAAUAAAUGUCAAUGCUUAAGAUGUUGGCCAGAAACAUAGCUUAAUUAUCUUACGUACAGUUGUUGCGUUUUCGUUGUAGGCGUGAACUAUGCAUUUAAAAUUAGUUUGUGCCAUUUUAUGUAGAAUUCAAAAAUUAAUAAAUUUAAUACUAGUCGUGCCGUUACCAUUUCUAUCGGACAGUAAAUUUGCCAAUUGUAACAUUCUCAAUAAAACUUUAAAAUUA